AUGGUCAACAGACAAAAGUCAGACAGAGAGAAGGUCAACAGGGUCAAAAGUCCUAUAGUCAACAAUUCAACAGUGUCAAAAGACAGACAGUUAAAAGCUUUCGGAUUUCAGUACCAUCUGUAUGCGGAUGAUACUCAAAUCUACCUAUCCUCCCCUGAUUUGUCACCAUCUGUAUUGGGUCGUGUCACUGAAUGCCUUUCUGCCAUUUCAUCUUGGAUGACAUCUCGCCACCUCAAACUUAAUAUUUCCAAAACAGAAUUAAUUAUAUUUCCACCAGCCAAUAGUAGUUUCCAACCUGAUAUCUCUAUCACUGUUGAGAACUCGGCAAUCACCCCUACCCCACAAGCUCGCUGCCUAGGUGUCAUUCUUGACUCUGAACUGUCCUUUGUUACCCACAUUCAAUCUGUCUCAAGAUCAUGUUACAUACAUCUAAGAAACAUAUCCAAAAUACGACCAUAUCUUACACAAGACACAGCAAAAACUCUAAUCCAUGCUCUCAUUAUCUCCCGCAUUGAUUAUUGUAAUAGUCUCCUGACCGGUCUUCCCAAACAUAGGCUCUCACCACUACAAUCCAUUUUGAAUGCAGCUGCGAGGCUAAUCUUCCUUGCCAGACGUUCAUCGUCUGCAGAUCCGCUCUGUCAGUCCCUCCAUUGGUUACCGGUAUUCUACCGUAUUAAAUAUAAAAUACUUUUACUCACAUACAAGGUUCAUAAAAACAAGGAACAUCCUCCGGGGAGACCUAUUAUAGCGGGACUAGAUUCUCUUAUGGCAAAUUUGCCUCACUAUAUUGACCUCAAAUUGCAACACUAUGUAAAAAGUCUAAAGUCAUACUUGAAGGAUUCAUCUAGCCUACUUAGGAUACUCAAAGAUAUCAAUUGUUCCCCUGCAAAACAAUGGUUGACCAUAGAUGUGGAAGCCUUAUAUUCCUCUAUCCCCCAUGAAAAUGGCUUAGAAGCCGUACAAAAAACAUUAGGGAAGGACCCUGCUAAAACAGAAAUAGAAAUCAAAUUCAUUGUGGAUAGCAUUAGGUUCAUUUUACAACAUAACUAUUUUGAAUUCAAUGACACCUAUUUCAUCCAGCAGCAGGGAACAGCGAUGGGAAUGAAAUAUAGAGAGGAAAUAUAG